CCUUUCCCCCACUCUUUUACCUCUCUGUCUCUUUUUUGUUGUUGUUAAGAAUCUCACCUCUCACUCUCUCAGACUCUCGGUCUCUCUUACAACAAGUAGAUCAGAGCCCAAUUGUCUCUUUGAUUUCUCUUCUUGUUCUAAAAGAUGUAGUUUACUUGCUACUUGCAAAUCCUUAUGAAUACAUGACAUUGUCUGUCAUAUAUAGAAUCUAAACUCAAACAAGCUAUGUGGUAAGUACUUACCAAUGGCUUCCACCAGCAUUCAAACUGUCCCAUCCUCUUUUACCUCUGCUUUUUCUAAACCCCAACCGGUAUAUGACGUUUUCCUCAGUUUUAGAGGAGAUGACACCUGUUUUAGGUUUACCGACCAUCUAUAUCAUGCUUUGGUUGAUAAAGAGAUUAUCACUUUCAGGGAUGAUAAAGAACUUAAGAUGGGAGAGCCCAUUUCGCUGGAACUCUUGGAAGCAAUCGAGAAAUCGAGGAUCGCGAUCAUCAUUUUCUCUGAAAAUUAUGCAUCUUCCACAUGGUGUUUGGAAGAACUUGCAAAGAUUUUUGAAUGCAGGGAUAGAGGGAUAUUGAGAGUGUUGCCCAUUUUCUACCAUGUGGAACCUGCUGACGUGCGAGAUCAGAAGAACACUUUUGCAGAGGCCUUUGCAAAACAUGAAAAGCGUUUCGAGGAGAACCCAAAAAAGGUGCAGAAGUGGAGAGCUGCUUUAACAAAUGUGGCCAAUCUCUCCGGAGAGCGUUUAAAGGAUGGGGUGCAUGAGGCAAACUUUAUCCGAAGCAUUGUUCAAUGGAUAUAUUCGAAAUUGAGAGAGAAACUUUCAAAUAAUAUUGAAGAUGAUCUUGUUGGAAUAAGCUCUCGUGUUGAGGAAAUGAUUUCAUAUUUAGAUCUGGAAUCAACUGAUGUUCACUUUAUUGGAAUAUGUGAGAAGAGUGGUAUGGGCAAGACGACUCUUGCACGAGCUGUUUUUGAUAAGAUUGUUAACAAAUUUGAAGCUUGCAGUUUUCUCGAAAAUGUUAGUGAGGAAUCUAAAGCACAUGGUUUAAAGACUUUACAAGAACGACUCCUUUGUGAUAUAGGAAAAGGGGGGUUAAGGGUAAAGGAUGAGCAUAAGGGAAUGCAAGUUAUCAGCGAUAUGCUGCAUAACAAAAAGGUUCUUAUUGUUGUUGAUGAUGUGAGUGAAAGAAGUCAAUUAGAAAAAUUAGUAGGGAAGCGUGAUUUGUUUGGCAAAGGAAGUAGAAUCAUUGUAACUACCGAAGACAAAGAUUUGUUGGCAAGUUAUGAAAUUAAAAUUGUAUAUAAGGCUAGAGGACUAAAUGAAGUUGAAGCUCUACAACUUUUUAGUUUGAAUGCCUUCCACAAACCUCAUUGUGAGAAUGAUUUCCUGGAAUAUUGCAACAAUUUUGUCAAGUAUGCUCAGAAAAUUCCUUUGGUUCUUAAAGUUUUGGGUUCCUAUUUGUGUACUAGAACAAAAAAUGAAUGGGAAAGUGCUCAGAAUCAGCUAAGAGCAUUACCCCAUGAAAAAACUACUAAGAAACUUAGAAUUGCUUUUGAUGGAUUGGGGGCAGAGGAGAAAGAACUAUUUUUAGAUAUUGCAUGUUUCUUCAAAGGGGAGGAGAAGAAUCGCAUUGCUGAUAUACUAGAAUCAGUUUACUUCCUGGACAUUAAUCUAAAAAAUCUCAUUGACAAAUCUCUAAUUACUCUUGUAAGGGGGGAAAAAUUGUGGAUGCAUAGUUUAUUACAACAAAUGGGUUGGGAAAUUGUUAGUGAGGAAUCAAAAGAAGCUAGAGAACGUAGUAGGUUGUGGCAUUGUGAUGACGUCCUUGAUGUAUUAAAGAACAAUACUGGAACAAAACAUAUAGAAGGCAUGCUAUUAAGAUUGCCUCCAGAUGAAGAAGAAGAAGAAUUGAAUGCUGAAUCAUUCUCAAAGAUGAAUAAACUAAGAUUGCUCAAAAUUUGUAAGUUUUCAGCCUGGCGAACUUGUUGAGCUCAUUAUGCAUCGCAGUUGUCUUCAGCAACUUCCAAGUGAAUUUAGUUUGGGAAAGCUAAAGCUCAUUGACUUGAGUGACUCCCAAAACUUAACCCGAACUCCUGACUUCACCGGAUUCUCAAAUAUUGAGAGGCUGA